GUUGUUGGAGCGAUCGUGUCAGGUUUUGCCAGUGUGGUAGUGGCUCACAGCAUUUUUGGGCUCGCGAGACUUCAAUGCGCACUUGCAUCUGGAAGACGACGAACUUGUCUUGACGAACUACUCGCGAGAUUCUGCAAACGGGGUCCGAUCGGUGUGGUGUUUAUUGCAUAAGGCUUUUGCAACGCGGCUUCACGGAGGUGUUAAGGUGCAAUUUUAUCUGCUCAGGUGUGUGACGAAUCGUGUUCGCAGGAAAAGAAAAUGUCGUACCAGUGCAAGAAUUGUGAGCGUGAAAAAGAUCAAAACAAUAACUACGUGAAUGCCACCUAUGCGGCCAAUGCCCAUGGAACUCGUGGCAAUCGGUCCAGCUCAACCCGGGCCGGCAACGCCCGGAAUGCCACCGGCACUGGUGGCGGCAACAAUGAAAACGCUAACGGAUCCACCGCCAACGGGGGGACGGCUUCCCAAGUGACCGGGGCCACCCAGGUGACAGCCAAAGUGAUGUGGGGAAGUGUCGGAGCGAUCAAAGAACUUCGCGAGAAGGAACAAGCCGAACGAAAUCAGGUCACCAGGGCCGGACGUCGACAGUAGUGGUAGUAGUGGCGGAGAGAAGUUGUUCUAGUGAGCAGUGCAAGAUUAUUAU